AGAACAGAUGGGGGGGGGGUUCAACUGUUUCACAGAGGAAGAAGUAGUGGCAUGACAGGCUGUCAAUUGUAGGUUAAAGUGUGUCUUACCAAACAACUAUUCAAAGCCAAAAGGUUUGGUUCUAGUUGAGACGAGAUAAUUAUCCCAACACGAUUUCGUAAUUAUUUGUCCAGUUUUCGAGAAGACUCUCUCAGAGGGAACAGAUGUGGCCACUAUGCAGAGUCUCCCUGUCAUGACUUUGUGACCUGCUCAAAGGGUUCCAGGACUCUGCACACCUCCUCCACCACCUCCCAUUCCUCUUGGGUCAGAGCAUCAACAGGUGCAUUGACAAUGUCCAGGGUAGAGAUGAUGGCAUCCUUUGACUCAAGAAACCGCUUCAACAUAUAAAAUAUUGAAUUCCACCUUGUAGUGCAGUCUUGUUUAAGCCUCAGCUCAGGCAUCCCCAUCUGGCGUUGUGUAGACUUUAGUUUUUAACACCUACGGAAGUAUUCCACAGCUGCUUUCACUUUGUCCACAGUGGGCUUCAUCGCCUUCAGAGCAUCUCUUACAAUCAGGUUGAUUGUGGGCAAGACAUGGAUGAUGGGUCCAUUUAAACAUUUUCAUGGCUUUGGUUGUUAGCUGCAUUGUUGCUGACACAACAGACCUCUUUUCCAUCUACUGACAUUCUUUCGUCACUCUCAACAGUUCCUCUCCCAAGUUCUCUGAGGUGUGUCUGUCGCUGAACUCAAAGCAGUCCAGAAGACGGCUAGACAUCAAACCAUCUUCAAUUAAGUGACAUGUAACCGACAUCUGUCCUUCUUCUCUCUCCUCGGCUGCUAAGUGUGUGACUGUGAGUGUGUUGGCUCGGCUCUCCCUCACGCAUCUUUGGUUCAUUGGUUGACACUUUGUGUCUGAUUGACAGGAACAACAGAUUGGGCUCUUCUGAUAUGCGAGCCAGCUCCCAACGUUCACCUACAAGAGCCGGUUCUUAGAGCCAACCAGCCACGUCUUGCUUCCGGACAAGCUAAACACGUUCUUCGCCCGCUUUGAGGAUAACACAGUGCCACCGACACGGCCCACUACCAGGAACUGUGGACUCUCCUUCUCCAUGGCCGAAUAAAAUGCCACUGUGUGAAAGGGACGUGUGCUAUAUACAAUGGAUUGUCUACGUCCCCACGUUCGUGGUGGGUUUACCCCUCAACCUGGCCACCCUGUGGCUCCUCCUCUUCAGGAUCCGUCGAUGGACUGAGUCCACAGUCUACCUCAGCAGUCUGAUCAUCAACGACAUCCUUCUCAUCUUUUCUCUGCCCUUCAAGAUAUACGCCUUCAGCCGCACCUGGGGCCUGAGCAUGGGCUUCUGCACCUUCCUGGAGAGCCUGGUGUUUGUCAACAUCUAUGGGAGCAUCGUACUGAUCGUGUGCAUCUCGGGCGACCGAUAUGUUUCUCUGCGGUUUCCAUUCAACGGCAAGCGUCUACGCUCGCCACGGAAGGCUGCCCUGGUAUGCCUGGCUGUGUGGGUGACGGUAUUCGCUUUCACCACACCCGUCUAUGAGCUCCACAACAAAAACACCACUAGCCUGCACAACAACAACGAAACCAGGUGUUUCGAGGGAUUCUCCAGGGAAACCUGGGGGAAGAAAUGGAUAAUUGUCGCUAUGGAGACGGUAUUCACAAUCAGCACUGUCACUAUGUUGUUCUUCUCGGUGCGCGUGAUGCAGAUCCUGAGUGACAUGCGGCGUCGGAACCCGCUGGACAAGAAGGUGAGGGACAACAAGUCUGUGAAGAUCGUCCUGAGCAACCUGGUGGCCUUUAUGCUGUGCUUCAUUCCGUACCACGUGGCCGCAGUCAUCUACUUCCUGGCCAAGAACGGCACAGAGAACCCAGACGUCAUCAACCCCCUCAGAGACUUCGUUCACAUCAGCACCUGUCUGGGCAGUGUCAACUGUCUGACGGACGGGGUCUGUUACUACUUCAUCCUGAAGGAGAACCUGUUUACUGCCAGCCAGGAAAGGAGGAGGAUGUCCACUAGAGGGAACAACGUGGCAAAGCCCGGGGAAAUCGACCAGCAUCCGAUGGACAACAUCAUGGUCAAGGGACCCAGAGAGACAGGAUCAGACAACCAGGUCACUGGAGAUCGAUAGGACUUGCUAGAUAGAUAUGGUUUAUCAGAGUGGAGUGGAGAUUAGGGUGGAGGCGAUUUCCCUGUAGAUGGAUGGAUAUUACCUCUAUCUGGGAAACGGAAACUCAGAUCACCACAACAGAGAGGAGACAAGUCUCAUGAAAGAUUCUCGAAGAAUGAAUGACUGGUGUUAGGUUCUAAUUCUCAGAGUAAAAAACUCAAAGGACAUUUAUGAAAGCUUAACCAAGUUUAUUCUGCCCAGAGGGUCAAUACAGCUGCAUUCAGAUAAAAAAAAAUCACACAAACACUGAUAUUUAACUGUUCCUCAUAGGCUGAGUCUCCUCCUACCCAGCUGUACAAACUUCAUUCUUUACUGCUAGGCAAGACACUAGUGAUACGGGCCAUAAACUUUUAUUUCUCCUUUAAGGUGACCUGACCUGACCUCAACGCCCCUCCAUCACUAAUCCACAGCUCUCUCCCCCUAUCAAUGCCUGCCACAUGUAAUUGCUUCUGAUGGGUGUCACCUUGGGGUCAUGAUAGUGGCUGCACCAAAUUAUUGAUGUAUUACAAUAAUUGAUUAUGCUUAUGUUGUAUGAAUAGAAGGGGAAGGGCUAUAAGACACUCCCCCACUAUAUUUAUAGGGUCCUGUACCACAGAUGAGCAAUAUAUUCAUUAUAAGGUUUAAUACUGUUCCACAGUUCUUUUCAAGUCUCUGCCUCUUAUAAGAAACGGUCUGAGCAGAUAUGUGAGCCAUUGCCGUCAAAACAGAGUGUCUGUGAGAAAGCACCUCAAGGCUAAAAGAGAUACAUAGACACAGACCCCUGCAGGGGAGUAAAGAGAUAGGAGACAAGUCAAACAUACCACUGUAAGCCACACGGGAAUGGAAAAUUACUGCUGGGCUAUAGUUUUCUACUGCAAGUUUGUAUAACUGUAUAUGCAUGGGCUGGGUCUCAUCAGUAGAAGGUGUUGAUGUCGGCAGUUACAUUACUAGGGGUUGACUGCAAGCAUAUUAAAGCAACUUUCACCUUUUAUAUUUUGCAGAACUUACUCUGAAACAUGCGUGCUGUGUUUCCGUUGUCAACUUCUGUCUGCAAUUGCAUUAAUAAAGGUUUGAUUGAUUUACUUAAA